AUGCACCUCGAACCUGAGAUGAACAGAAUGUGGCUCCGCGAUGAAUCUCGUUCCCAUGUAUCCACCCUUGAUCAGCUAAAGGUCAUUUAUGCUCGUUUAGAUUACGAGUCCACGAUGUUUGGAGAACGGAGCCCCAGUAUAACCCUUGGUUACCCUCGUGAUGAGAUCGGCCCAAGUUCUCAAGUACCAAGCUCUUUCAUGAAUGUUGCGGAAGCCAGAAAAUCUUUGGACAUCCUGUCAAAUGCUGUUUAUUGCUUGCGGAGUGAGCUCCUGCAUCUGGCUGCUUUAGAAAUGGGCAACGAUAUAUAUGAAGACUGGGCUGUUCGUUAUUGCAUAGCCUAUUCGCGAAUCCGGACAGUGGAUCUAUCCAAACACGCAUCGCUUUUGCAGCAACAAUCGUGUCUCAAGUUUAGCCUGGAACGUUGGGCCUUUUCCUUUAAAGUGCUCUCUGGCAACCUUGAGCCUCGGCCAGCAAUUUUACUCGAGAUGCGGCACUUUUAUAUCUACUUCUUGAUUUGCACUAUUCGCGACACCCAUGAGGACUCUUGCGAUCAUUUUGACCCUCUUUUUCAAAGGGUGGCUGACCUCGGAAAUGAAUUUGUCAAUGCUAACGGCAGCAAGAGUGCAACUAGGCCCAAACUUACAUUCACCCUAGAGUCGGGAAUCAUCCCUUCUCUUUAUCUAGUGGCCAUGAAGUGCCGCAACUACAAGAUCCGACAUGAGGCUAUCGCUCUGCUUGAUCGAACUCGAUGUCAAGAGGGGAUGUGGGAAGCCGGCUUGAUUGCUCGUUUUGUUGCAGAAGUGGCCGACUUGGAAGAAGAAGCAGCCGACACUCAAGGGAGAGAAGAUUAUAGCUUCAAUACUUGCAUUCCCGAGUCUGCUCGAUUCAGUGAUGUUGUUAUUGCCAUGUCUGAAACUCCUGGGCAUGGUCGUUUGGUUUGUGCGCGCUAUGCUCACGAGUCAACGGGUGAGGUGAAAUUUUCAGAGAGGGCAUUUCAAUUAUGA